AUGCUUGCAGUGCUCCGGACUGUUACAUCGCAGCUGAAGCGAUGCUUCUCUGCCGGCUGCCUCCCCGCGGUGCGCAUCGCACACCCCGCUCCCGGGACGGGCAGCGCCGGCCCCGACAGCGACCCCCGGCCCCAGCCCGGCACCGACAGCGACCCCCGGCCCCAGCCCGGCACCGACAACCGGCGGAGACCCCCGGCUCCAGCCUGGGCCAGCACCUCCGGGAGGGGAUCCCCGGCUCCUGUCCGCGCCAGCACCGACAGCCGACGGGGACCCGCAGCUCCAGCCCGGCCCGCACCUCCCGGAGGGGACCCCCGGAACCAGCCCGGCACCGACAGCCGGCGGGGACCCUCGGCUCCAGCCCGGCCCGUACCUCCCGGAGGGGACCCCCGGAACCAGCCCGGCACCGACAGCCGGUGGGGACCGCCGGCUCCAGCCGGGCCAGCACCUCCGGGAGGGGACCCCCGGCUCCAGCCCCACCCGGCACCUCACGGAGGGGACUCCCGGCUCCAGCCCGGGCCGGCACCUCCAGGAGGGGAUCCCCAGCUCCUGGCCCGGCCCGCACCUCCCGGCACCGCGCCCCGGCCGCAGCCCAGCCCGGCCCCGCAGCCCGGCCCCGCUCACCUGGCCGCUGUCUCGCUCGGGAGCGGGCGGCGCAGCGCCCAAAGUGGCUUCGGAACUCUCCCCUCCCACUCUUCCUCCUCCUCCUCAGAGCCUGGGGAGGAAGCACGGUGUUACGGCUUCGGCAUCUCCCGGAGCAUCCUCCCGCUGGUCCCUGACCGCGCCGAGCACGGGGAGCGGAGCCGGAGCUGCUCGGGCGAGCAUCCGAGUGGUCGCUGCUCAGCCGAGGGAAGACACGGGAGAUGUUCGCAUCGCAGCCGGGCCGGAGUUCGCAGCAUCUUUCGGAAACAUCUGCAACUUGGGAAGGGAGUGGGGGCUCCGGCCGUAACCUCCCCACUCCUCUCACCGUGUCCACAGUCCUGCGGGUUAUCAAUAAAUCAUCAUCUUCACAAAUUUGCUUUAAAUGAUCAAAAUGAAAGCUGGUGUUUCCCUGGCUACAAAGUCGGGGUCACUUUGCCUUUGCAGCAGCCUCCGGAGUCUCCUUCUUGCUCUGCCACUGACUGUACAACCUUUAUCCCCCCACUCUGCACCCUCCAAUUCUCCCGUAGCUCUGCUGCUCACCUAAACAGUGACGUCCAAAUAAAUGCUUCGGUGGCUGUCAGGUAUUUAAAUAUGUGUAGAACCGAGUCUCGUUUCUGUGAGAGAGGGCAGUGUCUCACCGUAGGUAACCACAGGGCUCAGUGCAACAGUGGGUUGAUCUCAGCUGUGUUGCCUAAAACCUGUUGUGAUACAAAUCAUCAUCCUCCUGGACACACAUUCCUUAAACUGGAAGAAUCACUGUGAAAAUGCCUUGUGGA